GACAAAACCUGUCAUGUUCCUUCCCAGAUCGGCUUAUCAGAUCCAAUCUUUGACCUACCAUCUAUACACUCCAACAUCACUACAACAAUCCUAUUGGCUCUAAAAGCUACUCUUUUGGUUCCUUCAAUCAUAAUGGAUCACCCCACAGUCACUCCAUCUCUCCUCGCCCUACCAGCAGAACUCCGCCUUCAAAUCUACAACUACGUCCUCGGUCCCUCCCAACCACACCUCCUCUCAGCCUACUGCGGUCACAACACCUGGAUUUCCCCACCUCUCUCCCGCACCUGCUCGCUCUUCCGUUACGAAUCCUUGCAUCUCCAUUUCCUCAACAACGAAUUCAUCUACGAUUUACGUUCUCCCCUCGAAGAUGGUGUACAGUGUCUAGCUAAGACAUUGCAAUAUCUCCGAGAACAGAACUGUGUGCUUGGAAAGUUGAGAUUCAAACAUGUCAGUAGGGGAGUGUUGUCGAUGCAGGAAUUGGUCAAAUGGGUGGAGGUUUUUGUGGAAUAUGGGGACGUUCUGCCAAAGAGGAGUGAAGACAUCACUUUUUGUCAGGGACCGUUGAGGUAUCGUGAAUUUGCUGCUCAAGCUGCUGUGGCGUUAAGAUCGUUGAUAAGAUUUUCUGCUGUUAUCAACAAGAGUAUUUUGGGGAGUGGAGAGGAAGCUGCGUUGACAGAUUGGAUUGCAGAGUUCUUGGAAGGAACGGUUGAGGGGAGAGUUGUGUUGAGAGGAGUGAGUAUUGCUGAGGAGUUUGUGAAGGGAUUUAGAGCUGCUGCUGGAGGGGAGGUGCAAGGGGCCAAUGUUCUGAGGUGGGCUAUGAUGAGUGGAGGGAUGAUCGAAGGACUGAAACAUGCUGGAUAUACUUAGAGAUUCGUUGUACAUGAAUACACAGUAGAUGAUAUUAAAAGUCUAGGAAUUAAGAAACACUGCAGUCAGUGCCAGGUUCCAGUUGACUGUAUGUGUAUGAAUGAAAUUGUCAUGCCUGCAUUG